UUUUUGUCCCAAAAUACAGACACAAACCUGUUGCUCCCCAGCGUAGGAGUCAUAUAGAUAGCUUUGACAACACUGGGGGCAGCAGGGGUAAGUAUCUAGGAAACACACAGUUAGUAGACGCACCAACACCACUUCAACUGGAUCCCUCUGAAAGAUGAGAGGAGGGAGUAAGAGAAUACACACAUUGAGAGAAGUCCUCCAUGGAGCUUGAUGGGACUUUAAUGAGUCGCCGCCGAGGGGUCGUGCUGCAACAAGUCAUCCUUUAAAAAACCCUUUUGCAUCUUGGCUGAAACAUUGGCAUGGAACACCCAUCAGACCAUUUCAUUUUAAGGAAUCAGAGAACGAACUAAAGAAAGACUCCUGAGCUCCGUACCGACCACCCCAGUACUCAAAAGACUUGAAUCUCGGGUGGUUAGGGUCACUACCAUGGAUGAAGUCGCACAUGGUGCUCAGGAGGCAAUGGUGAGUGAGGCUCUUGUUGAGUUUAGGUCCACGUUGCAUUCAGCCGUGAGGGAGAUGCACGUGGACGUAAGUGCUUUCAAGCAGCGCAUAGAGCAGAAGAUCGAGGUGCUGAGCAUCUCCAACGGACCCCUGGCCGAGGCCGUGACCAGGCUGCAGGAGGAGAACCUGCAGCUCAGGGCCAAGCUGGAGGCCCUCGGCCGCCUGGUGGAGGGUCUCGCCGGGGUAAAGCUGGAGAGGAGUGCUGCUGAAGUGAAGGUGAAGGAAAGUGUAGAGAAUGGACAUGCAGAAGGAGAGCAGAGAGGUCUGGUUUACUCAGAGAGCAGCCAGUCUACAUCCACGUACUGUGAAACAUCAGGAUCAACUGGAGGAUCGAGCCAUGCUGCUGCUGCUGCUGCUGCUGCUGCUGCUGCUCCCUGCAACACCCCAGCUCCUCCUCCAUGGAGAGCAAAAAGACAUGCUGAAAGUAAUGGCGCUGAUGCAAAAGGAGAGAAGAAUGUUGCCACGACAGCACAAGAGAACGGGAACCCAGAAAGCCGCCACCUGACUCUCAGCACCAUCACGAAGUCAAGCACAGAGUCUUCUUCCAUAACUAACUCUCUUCAGUUGACCAUGGAAACCACCAACAUGCCUGACCAUGAAGAACCAGGUCUUCUGACCAAACCCCAUCAGCCCCUCACUGCAGUGAUGAGGCCCAGCUCCGAAGCUCCAACCAUCCCUCUGUCUGCUGCCUCAGCAGCCAGAGCAACAAGAGAAAAUCUAGUAAAACCAGUAGAGUCUGCUGCUAAAUGUGACGCUAAUGAACCCCGGCCCCAUCUCCCUGUCACUGCCAUGACAACCAAACCCAGUCCAGAAGGUCUGGUCGCCACCAAACCUGCCCAGUCUCCAGCAUCGGUGCCUAAAGCAGCCGGUCUUCCUACAGCGGAGGCUCCAACAGGUAUGGCUGGAACAAAGGAGCUGAUGUCCCAGGUAUCCCAGGUUUCCCAGGUAUCCCAGGUAUCCCAGGUUUCCAAGGUAUCCCAGGUUUCCCAGGUAUCCCAGGUAUCCCAGGAGCAGUCGGUCUCUGUAUCUCAGGGUUUGGUCCGUCAUUCUCAGACAGCGGUGACCAAAAGCAGCUCUGAGACUUCUGCUGUAACAGCUUCGUCCUCAAGUCUUUCAGCAUCACAGGACUCUACAUUAAAACCUGGAGACUACCCCUUUAAGAGAGUGCCGAUUCUCAAGACUCCCAGUCCCAGUCUGAAGAGAAGUGUGAGCUUUCCUCAGCCUGCAGAAAAAUUGCUUCCCUCCAAAUCAAUCAUAAAAUCUGGUUUCUCACCUAGUUUGGACAAGAAAGCGAACAAGGUCGGGGGCGUUGAGUUUAAAGAGGAUUUGAUGAAAUCACAAACGCUUUCACGCUCCAACGGGGCUCAGGCCAAGCGGGCUCUCUUUGAGAGGAUGAACUCUGAGCCUGUAAAACCAAAAGACUCCAAACCUAAACUGAAGCGCGCUCAGAGUUUUGGGGCGUCCAGCGCCAGCGGCAUAAAACAGAUUCUGCUGGAGUGGUGCCGCUCAAAAACCAUUGGCUAUCAGAACAUCGAUAUCCAGAACUUCUCGUCCAGCUGGAGUGACGGGAUGGCUUUCUGUGCUCUGGUUCACUCCUUCUUCCCUCUGGACUUUGAUUACAACACGCUGGACGCGACUAAGCGCAAACACAACCUGCAGCUGGCCUUCACCACCGCAGAGGAGCAGGCCGACUGCCUCCGUCUGAUCGAGGUGGAGGACAUGAUGGAGAUGGGUGACAAGCCAGACCCCAUGUGUGUGUUUACGUACGUCCAGUCGCUCUACAGCCACCUGAAGAAGUUUGAGUAACUCUGUAUCAGAGUAGAUUAUAAAGCUAAAGAGAUGUUAUUAACCACAGAACACUUUGAAUGAGCCCAAAACGGGCCUCUAAUAGGAAACCAUUGUUGUUUGAAUCACAGACUUUAGUGUUUGACAAAUGUUUUCAGUUUUAUACUGUAUGUGUGCAUUCACCAGUUUCCUUUAGAGUUUAUAGAGGACUGACACGGAUUCUUAAAUUCUUAUGACAUGUAUGGUGAUGUGUGUGUGUGGCUCUGAUGUAGCUGCGUUUACAAGAGGGAGGUUGGUUUUUAUGUAGUUCUCAAAUCAAAGAAGGGAAGAUUAAUAAUAGUUUGUAAUAGCUGCUGUUGAUCAAUCAGUGUUUGGCUACAAGAGUUAUGAACCAGCGCAGAGAUGCUCCAGUAAUAAUGAAUUGGAGUCUUGUCUGAGUCUUGCAACGUGGUGAAAUAAAGCAAUUUUAUAAUAUUU